UAGUGAGUCAUCGAAACUGGUUCAUAAUCAAUUAAUGAAAUGCUGAGAAACGAAAGACUAGGACAAACAAAGGCAUGGUUAACAGCUUUCACCCUCUGCAACAUUAUUGCAUUUUAGUUUCCAUGCAUAGGGAGACACACGCACACACUCCAAGCUCUAACAAACUCCACCGCGAACACCGGGUGAGGGCAUUUCCGUCUUCUCACACUCCUUCAAAAUUCGCGGUACCUAGCUCUUUCCUUCCCGAAGCUUAACCAUACAAAACAACAACAACAGUCUUUCACCUUCUUCUAUUCUCUUCGUCUUCUCUGAUUCAAAAUCAAAGCAGUUAUAGAGAGAGAAAGUAGUUAUAGAGAGAGAAAGUAGUUACAGAGAGAGAGAGAGAGUGAGUGAGAUUUCUCAUUUUUCAUGGCAGCUUCUGAUGGAAGCGAGUACUUCGAGAUCGGGUCGUUCCGGAGCGAGAGCUUCGCCAGAGCUUCUAACGCCGAUACGGUGGAGGAAGACGAGGAGGAGCUACAAUGGGCGGCGCUCUCCCGUUUGCCAUCGCAGAAGCGAAUCAACUACGCACUCUACCGCGCGAGCUCUUCCCGCCGGCAGCCACCGCCGCUUGGCUCCCCUGCCGGCGCCGGUGGCCGAGCAGACAACUUAAUGGACGUCAGAAAGCUCAGCCGAUCUCACCGCGAACUCGUCGUCAAGAAGGCGCUCGCGACGAACGAUCAAGAUAACUACCGCCUCCUCUCCGCCAUCAAAGAACGCCUCGACAGGAUUGGAAUUGAGGUGCCGAACAUUGAAGUGAGAUUCAGUAACUUGAGCGUCAGUGCUGAUGUUCAAAUCGGUUCCAGAGCUUUGCCGACGUUGAUCAAUUACACUCGCGAUGCGCUUGAGACUAUAUGCACCAAUUUGGGGAUAUAUCGACCUAAACGGCAUUCGCUUACCAUCUUGGACAAUGUCAGUGGAGUCAUCAAACCGGGAAGGAUGACUUUGCUACUUGGAGCACCGGGAGCGGGAAAAUCCUCCUUACUUUUGGCGCUCGCGGGCAAGCUUGAUAGCAACUUGAAGAAAACUGGUAGUAUAACAUACAAUGGCCAUGAGGCAGAUGAGUUUUUUGUUAAAAGGACUUGUGCGUACAUUAGCCAAACAGACAAUCACACUGCAGAACUGACAGUGCGAGAAACUUUGGACUUUGCUGCUAGAUGUCAAGGGGCACAAGAAGGUUUUGCAGCAUACACGAAAGAUAUUGGCCGCCUAGAGAAUGAAAGGAACAUCCGACCUAGUCCAGAAAUUGAUGCAUUUAUGAAGGCAUCAUCUGUUGGUGGUAAAAAGCACAGUGUGAACACUGACUACAUUUUGAAAGUUCUUGGUCUCGAUAUAUGUUCAGAGACAAUCGUUGGUAGCGAUAUGCUGAGGGGGGUCUCCGGAGGCCAAAGAAAGAGAGUUACAACAGGAGAAAUGAUUGUUGGUCCGAGAAAAACACUAUUUAUGGAUGAAAUAUCAACUGGACUUGAUAGCUCUACUACAUUCCAGAUAGUAAAAUGCAUAAAGAAUUUUGUUCAUCUGAUGGAUGCUACAGUACUCAUGGCUCUCCUUCAGCCAGCUCCUGAAACAUUUGAGCUAUUUGAUGAUCUGGUGCUUCUGUCGGAGGGGCACGUGAUAUAUGAAGGCCCUAGAGAAAAUGUGCUUGAGUUUUUUGAGUCAAUAGGUUUUAAACUUCCACCACGUAAAGGGAUUGCAGACUUUCUUCAGGAGGUGUCCUCUAGAAAGGAUCAAGCGCAAUACUGGGCGGAUCCUUCCAAACAGUAUCAGUUUGUCCCAAGUGGUGAGAUUGCAGAAGCCUUCAGAAAUUCCAGAUUUGGAAGUUAUGUGGAAUCCUUGCAGACUCAUCCUUAUGAUAAAUCAAAGUGUCAUCCUUCAGCUUUGGCUAGAACUAAAUAUGCUGUGUCAAGAUGGGAGAUCUCUAAAGCUUGCUUUGCACGUGAAGCCCUUUUAAUCAGCAGACAAAGAUUUCUUUAUAUUUUUAAGACCUGCCAGGUUGCUUUUGUUGGAUUUGUCACAUGUACAAUAUUCCUGCGAACUAGGAUGCAUCCUACAGAUGAGGCUUACGGAAACCUUUAUGUUUCUGCUUUAUUUUUUGGGCUUGUUCACAUGAUGUUUAAUGGGUUCUCUGAGCUCUCUCUCAUGAUAGCGCGGCUUCCAGUAUUUUAUAAGCAAAGAGAUAAUUUGUUCUAUCCUGCAUGGGCUUGGUCUUUGACCAAUUGGGUUCUCCGUGUACCUUACUCCAUUAUUGAGGCUGUGAUAUGGACUGUUAUUGUGUACUAUACUGUUGGUUUUGCCCCUUCUGCGGGAAGGUUUUUUCGCUACAUGUUUAUACUUUUUGUAAUGCACCAAAUGGCAAUAGGUCUCUUCCGGAUGAUGGCUUCUAUUGCACGAGAUAUGGUUCUUGCCAACACAUUUGGAUCAGCUGCACUCCUUGUUAUAUUCUUGCUGGGAGGAUUUAUUAUCCCUAAAGGAAUGAUUAAGCCUUGGUGGAUCUGGGGCUAUUGGUUGUCACCCCUUACCUAUGGACAACGUGCAAUUACUGUUAAUGAAUUUACUGCUUCCAGAUGGAUGAAGCAAUCAGCACUUGGGAACAACACAAUUGGUUACAACAUCCUCCAUGCACAAAGCCUUCCAAGUGAAGAUUAUUGGUAUUGGGUUUCUGUUGCAGUUUUAGUGACCUAUGCAAUUAUUUUCAACAUUAUGGUCACUUUGGCCUUGGCCUAUCUGCAUCCACUUCAAAAGCCACGGACUGUUAUUCCUCAGGAUGACGAGCCAGAAAAGAGUUCUUCUAGAGAUGCCAAUUAUGUUUUCAGUACCAGAUCUACAAAAGACGAAAGUAACACGAAAGGAAUGAUUCUUCCCUUUCAACCAUUGACAAUGACAUUCCAUAAUGUCAGUUAUUUUGUUGACAUGCCGCAGGAAAUAAGAAAGCAAGGAAUACCUGAAACUAGAUUGCAGCUCUUGUCAAAUGUGAGCGGGGUUUUCUCACCGGGUGUUCUUACAGCAUUAGUGGGGUCUAGUGGGGCUGGAAAGACCACUUUGAUGGAUGUACUUGCAGGCAGAAAAACUGGAGGGUAUAUCGAAGGGGACAUCAAAAUAUCUGGUUACCCGAAAGAGCAACGAACAUUUGCCAGAAUAUCAGGAUAUGUUGAACAAAAUGAUAUACAUUCUCCUCAAGUAACGAUUGAGGAAUCGCUGUGGUUUUCUGCAUCUCUUCGCCUUCCAAAAGAAAUCAGCACUGAUAAAAAACGUGAAUUUGUUGAACAAGUUAUGAAACUAGUUGAGCUUGAUUCAUUGAGAAAUGCUUUGGUUGGUAUGCCAGGCAGUUCUGGCUUAUCAACAGAGCAGAGAAAGCGAUUAACAAUCGCAGUGGAGCUUGUAGCAAACCCUUCCAUUAUUUUUAUGGACGAGCCUACAUCUGGACUUGAUGCACGUGCUGCAGCUAUAGUUAUGCGAGCUGUUCGUAACACUGUUGAUACUGGAAGAACUGUGGUUUGCACUAUACAUCAGCCAAGUAUAGAUAUAUUUGAAGCAUUUGAUGAUUUACUUCUCAUGAAACGUGGUGGGCGAGUAAUAUACGGGGGAAAGCUCGGUGUGCAGUCACAGAUAAUGAUAGACUACUUUCAGGGAAUUAGGGGAAUUCGCCCUAUUCCUAGAGGCUACAAUCCAGCUACCUGGGUGCUUGAGGUCACUACACCUUCUGUUGAAGAGACAAUUGAUGCAGAUUUUGCAGAAAUUUACAACAAUUCAGAUCAAUACAGGGGGGUGGAAGCUUCUAUUUUGGAAUUUGAACAUCCACCAGCCGGCUCAGAACCACUGAAGUUUGACACUAUUUACUCACAAAGCUUGUUGUCCCAAUUUUAUCGAUGCUUAUGGAAACAAAAUCUUGUGUACUGGAGAAGCCCACCAUAUAAUGCCAUGAGGAUGUACUUCACCACAAUCAGUGCUUUGGUAUUUGGUACUGUUUUUUGGGAUAUUGGUUCAAAAAGGUCAUCAACUCAAGAGCUAUAUGUGGUUAUGGGAGCUCUUUAUGCCUCAUGCUUGUUUAUUGGGGUAAACAACGCCUCUACUGUUCAACCGAUUGUUUCAAUAGAAAGGACAGUAUUUUAUAGAGAGAAAGCAGCUGGAAUGUACUCUCCAAUCGCAUAUGCGGUAGCCCAGGGGCUGAUAGAGAUACCAUACAUAGCUGUUCAGGCAAUGGUAUUUGGUUUAAUAACAUACUUCAUGAUCAAUUUUGAGAGAACAGCUGGGAAGUUUUUUCUCUAUCUUCUGUUCAUGUUCCUAACGUUUACCUACUUCACCUUUUACGGCAUGAUGGCUGUUGGUCUUUCACCUACUCAACAUCUAGCAGCUGUUAUUUCUUCAGCAUUUUACUCCCUCUGGAAUCUUCUGUCAGGUUUUCUCAUCCCAGAAUCGCAUAUUCCGGGAUGGUGGAUAUGGUUCUAUUAUAUCUGCCCUGUUCAAUGGACGUUACGAGGAGUUAUCACGUCUCAGCUUGGUGAUGUUGAGACCAAAAUUAUUGGACCUGGAUUCGAGGGCACUGUGAAAGAGUAUUUGUCUCUUAAUCUUGGAUAUGAUCCAAAAAUCAUGGGAAUUUCAACUGUGGGGCUAUCAGUGAUAGUGCUUUUUGGAUUUAUCAUCCUCUUCUUUUGCAGUUUUGUUGUAUCAGUUAAGGUUUUGAAUUUCCAGAAGAGAUGAAUGGAUUACCUAGGUUUUGAUUCUGAGGUGUUUGGACGCUGCGAAAUACAGAAGUUCUGAGCUUGCCAUUUCUUUGGUGGUACACAAGGAUGGUUGUUAAAGACCCUUUCUUUUCUUUCCUUUUUGGCAAACUCAUGAAGAAUUCCCCAAAAAAAUUGGAUAUAUUUAUGGGGUUUCCAUGUUCUUAGGAUUAUGUCUACUGUCAGUAUAUAGGGUGUUCAUCUUUUUUGAAUUGACCGGCUCAUCCAAACCAAACACAUAUAAUUGAUUGAGAUUGUAGUUAAUUAGCCAUUUCAAAUUAAAUCCAAACUUAAUUGGAGAAAACUCUUCGAAUGAAAUAUGGAUGGAGUUAAAAGUCUGUUCAUAUUAUAUUCAAAAUGG